AACCCUUUGACCACACAUUUAACAAGAGUAGGGGAAAAUUGGAAAAAACAAAAAAUAUUUUAAAAUGCCUGCAAUUGUCUCAGUUAAAGUGAUUUCAGCUCGUGACCUUCCAGUAAUGGACAGGAGUAGUGAAUUGACUGAUGCUUUUGUUGAAAUAAGAAUGGGUCAGAGCAUGCAAAGGACUGAUAUAUGUAAGAAGACGCUCAACCCUGUCUGGGACUCUCCCUGGUUUAAAUUUAACGUUGGAGAAGAAGAAUUGCAGGAAGAACCAUUGACAUUUAAAGUUAUGGAUUAUGAUCAGUACAGUGCAUCUGAUGCCAUUGGACGGGUGUAUUUAUUAUUAGCUUCUUUAUUUAAUUCGAUUCAAUCACUUGAUGGAUGGUUUCCAAUAUAUGAUACGCUACAUGGGAUACGAGGUGAGAUACACAUUAAAGUGUCAGUUGAACUAAUUAAAGAUGAACACAAGAAUAAACGCUCCUCAAGCGAAGUCUUACUAUUUUCAGGUCAAUCAAUACCAGAAGAUUAUGACAUUGUCUCAGUUCACGGUUUUGUUGAGGAAUUAUUAUUUAACGUUGAUCCAGAGCAUCAGUGGAUUGAUAAAAUACGACCACCUCGUGCUUCAAACGAAUCAAGACAAAGAACAUUCUUAAAAUUAUCAGGUGAGCUACAGAGGAAGAUUGGCAGGAAGGCAUUAGACAUGGAAGGCAAUGCCAUCAUUGGCUAUACUCAAUCGUUUGACUUAGAAGGUGAAUCUGGUAUAGUUGUUAGAGGCAUUGGCACUUGUGUCAGUGUGACGUCAGCCUCUCAUCACUCUUUCCCUACUUCGCCUUUUCAGCACAGCGAGAGCUUACAGUUCCCAACUGAUAGGUUAAUAGACGAGUUUGAUACCAGUGUUGAGUUACAGGGAGGAGGGGGAGGGGCUGGAGCUGGUGUAGUGGGCGUGUCUCCGGAAUCGGCUAAUCCUGUAAGAACGCAACACAUUGCUCGUGUGUCGUCAUCAGAAUCUGAUGGAGCACCUUCAUCUCCAAACAGAGGAGUGUUUGAUAAUACUCUGUUGCUUGGUACAUCAACUGGUAGUGGGGGCGGCCAUUUUAUGACUCAAUUAUCUUUCCCAUUCUAUACUUUAAGUGUCUUUCCAGCUGGUUUCGUAACCGGUUUGUCUGGUAUAGUGUGUGCCAGAUCAGUCAAACUACUUGACGAUAUCAACGAGCCUGAGACAAGAGAUCUGUGGUGGAAUGAGAUCAGAACCGAGAUAAGAUCUCACUGCAGAUCAAUGUCGUGUAAUGCAGUGUUAGGCUAUACUGAAACCACUAGUAUAUGUGAUGAUUUGUGCAUACUGUCAGGCACAGGUACUGCUGCAGUUGUCACCUCAUUAGUAGAUACUAAGUUAAAAGAUUUAAGCAAAAGUGGAGGAGAGGAGUUAGAUGAUACAAACACAGGAGGGUAAGUUGCACAAAUCAAACACAAACACACGCAAUAGUUUAUCAAUAGUAAGUUUAUCAAUAGUAAGUUCAUCAAUAGUCA